CAAUGUUGAACAUUAUUUCACACUUGCUAUACACUGCACUGUCACAAGUGGAUUGUUUUGUACUCGUAUUAUGUGAGGAGGUAAAUCAAAGAAACAUUAUUGUUCGUCGCAUUAUACGGGGAAACUGACAAAAGUUUUUGCAGUGAUAUUGCAAAAUGGAAAAUGCAACCAGAUUUAGAAAAUGUGUAGUAGUUCCAAUCUGCUUUCUUCAUUUAAGUAUUUCCUAUUUUUCAAUUGUGACUGCAGUACCUACGAGAUAUUUUAUUCUUGAUGAUAAUGACGUCACCUCUAACCUGACUCUGACCGAAGAGCUUCUAAUAAGCGGUGCAUCUUUAAUGUUCCUAGAAAUUUUAAAUAAAACUCAGCCUCUUCCGGUCGAAAUCGAUGGACUCUGUGAGGGAUGCUUAAUACUUGAAUCGGACAUAGUCUCAACGGACGAUUUCACCGAUGAUGCUUCGCAAACCAACGAUCCCAAUGAUUUAAGGGUCGAAGAGUUGCUUGGGUGAUUGGAUAACCAACCCCCAAGUACCGCAAAGGUGACAUCAACGCAAGAACUUUUUCCUGUUGACCGGGAAACUUCGUGCCACUAGGGUGACCUUACAUGAUGAGUUUUUGACGCUAACCAGAAAACUUUCUGCUAUGGUGACUUUGCCUGAUGAAUUUUUGACCGCGAACUGGAAAACUCUCUACCGCCAAAGUCAUCACUUAGAGUCACUUUAGCGAUUCUUAGAAGAUUUUCUAGUUAGGAAUACAUUACCGAUGAUUAACGUUUUAUUUGACAAUGCCGCAACGACGAAUAACGGUAACCUAUAAAUAUUCUCCCAUUAACAAGUGAUUUUUCUCCUCUUUUUUGUUGAGAAAGUCAAGAUUAUAAGUGUGAUUGUUGAGAUUACUAGAAUUUUUAGGAUAGCAUUGUUUUUGAGUUUACGUUUUACGCUUUAGAUUUGACAUUUACUUUUUCUUUAUCAAUAAAUAUGCGUCAAUCCAGAACGGGAAUCUUCCACAUUUAAAA